CCCGCCCGCUUCGUCAUCGCCACGGCUCCGAAACGCUCCUGCCAGUCGCCGCCAAGACGAAGCGAAGGUCCCAGAGACGAGAGGCGGAUGGCGGCGAACCCGUCGACGUACUCUCCGUCUCAGAGCUCGGAGACCAGGCAGCAGAAGCGAAGACUGUUCCAGAAGACCGAUUGGACUCGGUGCAGGCCCGCUUGUUUGUAUCCUCUCUCUUUAUGUUACGCCCUCGAGUUGUUCGAUGUUUUGCCUACACGAAGAACAUUAGAGGAAUUGACAUUGUGCCGUGCAGCUCUCGGGACGGGCGCUGCCAAUUCUGCCUCAGGAUCUGCUUACCCGGCGUUCGGAGCGACCACGGUCAUCGUAUCCGUAUUCUUCGACGAACCAUUGCUGACGCUGCAAAGGCCAGAGUUGUACUUCCACAACCCACUACGGACUUGUACCGAACAAGAUAACGACAAUUCCACCAAUAGAUCUCUCCACAUAUCCACCAUCGCUCAAAAAGCAGCAGCAGAGUGCAUGAGAUGGUGCGGCAGCAGCAAAAAGCUAAAGCUGAAGCAAAAGUGUGAGCUUUCUUUGGUCUUGCAAUCCAUAUAGAAGUCACCCACUACUCACAUCACAUGCUUCCAGUGUUCAUCUCCUCUGUGAACACAGUUAUCUUCUUGCCAUUUCGUCUGUCGUAGAGCUUAUUCCAAGAUUCUUCACAAAGGGAUCAUUGGCUACAGCUUGGUGUUGUAGAUUCUGAGUCCGAUGUCCGGAAUAGAGCAGUCGAUGACCGGCGUCCACAGGCCGUCCGUGUCGGCGACCACCGUGGUCAUGGUCGCGGGAGUCAUCGCCUCCACCGCGCUCUUCGUCCUCGUCUUCUUCCUGUACCUGCGUGCCAAGCGCUACUGGGGUGCCAUCCCGGUCAGCAUCCGCGGCCGCUUGGCCGAGCCAGCGGCUGCCCAGCAGCGAAGCGGCCUAGACGCCGCCGCCGCCGUGGGGGCUCUCCCUUCGGUAGUGGUCCGCGCCGGGGACUGCAAGGAGGGCCUGGAGUGCGCGGUCUGCCUCUGCGAACUGUCGCGGGGCGAGGCCGCGAGGCUGCUGCCUACGUGCGGCCACGCCUUCCACAUCGAGUGCAUCGACGCGUGGUUCUCCUCCCACUCCACCUGUCCUCUCUGCCGGAGCCCCGUGGUGCACGAGAAGCCCCAAGAGGCUGGUUCCGCCGCUGAAUCGGUUCCUGGCCGCUUCCACUCGGAGGAACCGCCGCCGGAGAUAGAGGAUCAAGCUGGCCGGAGCUCGAGCCCUUCCGAUCAUCCUUCAGGUAGUACGCCGGCUGUGUCGGUGUCUGAGACACCAAGAAUAGCAGUGGACGGAUUCCAAACCCUGAAUUCUUCGGCAGCAACGUUGAGGUCGUUGCGAAGGCUGCUGAUUUGCGGAAGCAGGACGGGCGGCGCUUCCUGCAGUAGUCGAGAAUGCGACGUCGAGCAGGGACGUCUUCCCGUUUGAUAAAAGGCUGCAUGAUGCAGAAAGCAUUGUUCUUCCACUGAAACAAACGAAGCUUUUCAUCAUCUACAUUUCCAUUACAUCUGUACAGUGUCUCGAGGCAUUUAGGAGUUGCAAGCAGAGGAUUAUAGCUUCUGCACUUUUGCUGCUUCUUUUGUAAAUCUAAGUCAAUCCAUGUCGGAACAUUUGAUACUGAGUUCUCUUUAUGGCACAAAGAUCACUCGUGCUUUUCUUUCUCCUCCUCUUA